AUGAAUUCAUCCAAUAGAGACAUGUAUUAUGAAGAAAUCAUUCAAGUGACAUUAGAAGCUGAAAGAAUUCUCAAUGCUAGUACUAGUAGUAGUAGUAGUAGUAGUGAUAAGGAUGAUCAUAAUCACUACACUUCGACCAUAACGACUCAUUACACAACUGUGAAUCGAGAAGAAGAAGAAGGUCUCGAUUCUAAAUUAAUCAUUUCCAAAUCCUUUAUUGUGAAAUUAGUGAAUCAUGAAUCCUUUGAGUAUAUUCAAAACAAGUUUAAAAAAAAGAGAGAAGAACAAGAUAUUAUGGCAUUAACUGAAAGUGAAUAUUCUCAAAUGCAACAGGAUGUUCAUUAUUCUUCCAAAGUCAUCAUUCCAACCCUAAUAACCACAAGCACAACUAGUAGUAGUAGUAUGAAAAGAUCCAUAGUACAGAAUUCUAGUGGUGGUAGUUUUGGUGGUGGUGUUAGUAAUGGUUCUGGUGCAUGGAGUGAUGGUCAGAGUGGUGCAUUGAGUAGUAGUAAUGGUAUGACUUUUCCUUCAACAACAACAACAAGUUCAACCACCACUGCAUCGACUACUACUACUACUACUACUACUCCUUCUCAAACAACAACUUCCUCUUCAACAACAACAACAACAACCAACACUGCUGCUGCUGCUUCAUUGACUACUACUCCUUCUCAAACAACAAGUGGUGGUGCCACUACUCCUACUCAAACUACGACCAAUAUGAACAAGAGGAGUAAGAGUCGUAGUAGUGGUAGUAGUAGUGGUAGUAGUAGUGGUAGUAGUAGUGGUAGUAGUAGUGGUAGUAGUAGUGGUAGUAGUAUGGGUAUUAGUGGUAGUAGUAGUAGUGGUAGUAGUAGUGAGAAGAAAGACAUGUUGCAGAAAAAUCAAUUGGACAAGAAUGAUCCAACAACAACAACAACAUUACCUUCUACCACCACCACCACCACCACCACCACCACCACUGAAAUUGAUGAUCUUUCUGAUGUGGUAAUGGUGGCGGCUGAUAAAAGUCCUACUAGAAGAAACACUAUCGACCGACAAUCGAGUCAAAGUGGUGGUGGUGGUGAUGAUGAUGUGGAGGAGGGUAAUGAUGGCGAUCAUGAUCGUACUACUACUACUACUACAACUGCUACUACUUCUAUGACUUUAGAAAAGACUCCAAAGACUCUGAAAAACCCCUCAAAUCCUUCUUCAAAAUCUCGGAAUUCCAAACGACCAUCUAGACAUCAUGAUUCAUCAACACGAUCCACAUGGACUCGAAACAAAGUCUCUAAAAAGAAGAAUCCAAUGAUGCCAGCUGAGUUAGUGAAUGAUGAUGAUGGCGAUGGUGAACAAGAACAACCAAUGAAAAAGAAGAAUCGAAAACAAAGUGAAUCGAUUGUUGAAGAGGAAUUAAUGGCCUUAAGAAAUGCUCUAAAAAGAAGAAAACAAAGAAAAUUAUUGAGUAUACCUAAGGAUGAUACUUUAAAAAGAAGAAUUCACAAUACUGUGAGUGAACAUUUUCACUAUACGAAUGAUGGCGAUGGUGAACAAGAACAACCAUCAUCAACAUCAUCAUAUUCAUCACUAACAACACCACCUCCAACUUCAUCCCCAACAUAUUCAUCCCCAACAUAUUCAUCCAUUCGAAUUCCUAUUGUUCAAUCUCAUCCAGAAGAAAUUGUAAAUUCACUUCGUCAUCAAUUAUUAGAAAAAGAAUUUUCUCAAAAAACGUAUAAAAAUAUGAAAAAGAGUAUUGAAAGACAAAUUCAUCAAGAUCAAAUUCAAUACAAUAGUGAUCACAAUGAUGAAACUUCCUCACAACAACACUCAUCACCCUCUGCUCGUCGAUUAUUAGACAAAUUUGGUGAUUCCUUAAUUCAUGUGAACAAAUUACUAAAUAAGGAAUAUGGAAGAGCUUCAAGAAAAGUACCAGCUCACAUGCCACAUAUGAUUGAUAAGGAUAUUAUGAGUGAAUUACAAAAGAAAUGGGAAUAUGAAUUUAAUGUGACAUCUUCCAAUCGAUUCCGUUCCUCAAAUGAUAUGCAAUAUACAUUUACAUAUUUUUAUUAUUUAAUGCAUGAAGGAAUUCCAUACAAUGCAACAGAAUUCUUCAAAGAGCAUGUGGAUACGAAUCAAGAUGAUAUUAUGGAUGAUUAUGAAAUUAGAAAUUUAGCAAAUAUCAUGUUUAACAAGUACAAAAUAUCACAAGACAAGAAUGAAUUGGAUCAAACUGUGAGUGAGAAGAAGAGUGGUAAUAGUGGUGAUGGUGGUAAUAGUGGUAAUAGUGGUGAUGGUGGAAAUAGUGGUGAUGGCAGUACAACAAGUGAUGGUGGAAAUAGUGGUGAUGGCAACACCACCACCACCACCGAUUCAACCUUUUCUUCUUACUUUUCCAAUUGGAAACGUGGAACUAGUUCAUUUGGUUCUUGGUCAUCCUAUGAUUCUUAUAGCUCAUUUAAGGAUUAUUUGAAAUCAGUUCGAUCUGUCUUGUUUGGACAUUUAAAUUAUACAAAUUUGGUCAUGUCUAACUAUGAUCCAAAUUACAAGACAAGAACAAGACCAACAUUUGAUGAUUUUGUGAAUAGUGGUUUGAGUGAUAUUGUGAAAACUAAAGUUCACAAAAGUGAACAACGUUUCCCAUACACUCUUGAAGAUUUAUCUGAAGUUGGAUUUCACAUGAUUAGAGAUGAUUAUGAUAAGGUUGGAGAACAAUUAGAUGAAUUAACAAGAAAGAGACCUAAAUUUAUUUGUCUCAAUGAUGAUAUGAAUCAAACAAAACCAAAUAUCGAAGUUGUUGAAUUACUUCAUAAUUUCUAUCGAUGGUAUUUCCCAAAACCAUCUCAAUUUGAAUUACCAGAAGGAGAAGAGAACCCAUUUCUAUACAUUGAUCAAUUGCAACAAUAUCAUGAUAUGCAAAGAUAUUCCAAGUAUGCCUACGAUGGUGUUGUUGUGACUGCCAUUUGUUUCAUUUGUUGUUGUGGUUUGAUUUUGAGAAGAUGUAUUGUUGCUAACAACAAGUCGUCGAAUCGAUCGAGUGGUAGUGGUGUUAUUGGUAGUGGUGUUAUUGAUAGUAACAGUAGUAGUAGCAUUAACAACAGUCGAUCCAUGCAACAUCAGCAUCACACCAGUAAUAGUCCACAACACCAACAUACAGGAGGAUUCUUUACCCAUUCAGCCACCUCCACUGAUCAUCAAUUACCUUCUCAACAAGGUCUUCAUGUUACUGCUCACAAAUCUCAUCACCAAUAUGGUGGUGAUCAUGAAGAAGUGUAA